AUGAACAUUUCUCUUCCGACAAUUGUUGGCCAGGGCCGGUGCCCAGCUCCGUUUCUUGAGGCAGAUCUCUUUUCAUCAACGGAUGGCUUCAUCGAUGGAAGGUUUUGCUCCAACACCUUAGGGGUUAUUUGCUGCCUACCAUGUCCUCAGUCGGACUGGCUUUAUGGUGACAACAUCAGCACCCUCACGGAAGCCGCCAAUUGGGUCAACGCAUUACCUCAGUAUAUGCUUGGUUAUGGCUACAGUGUUGUUGCAGAUCAACUAAAGUUGGGAUUCAUUGUACCUUUAGGCGCGAAGCCCGAACAAUGUUACAACGCGAUCACCCCGAAUGAUAUGAGCACCAGCUUCACUUGCGCAAUCUCGGGCGCAUUCAUAAUGGCUGGGGGCUGGUGUGGUGUGAUGUGGGUCUUCUUAAGGUCUCUGGCCCUACACCUACAGAUUUGCUGGCAGAUGGUUAUUGGGAAGUCAUUCAUGUGGGGAGCUCUCGCUACUGGAUGGGGAAUACCAGCUGUUGCAUUGACUUUCGGAAUGAUCUUCAGUGGCGUUUCCUUUCGAUUCGGCGAUACUUGCCAUGUCAAUCACGAGAACAGUCUAGCGGAUUUCUGGAUUCCUCUUCUGAUCUUCUCUGGCGCCACCGUUAUCAUCCAAUUCGUCACCUUUGGUUACUGCAUCAAGGUAUAUCUUUCGUCCCUGGCAGAUAGUUCAAAUACCACGGAGACAUCAGGCGUUUUACCUUCGUACACCAACAGUUUACGUACCGUGUCACCACGACAAGCAUAUCGUCGAGUUCGCCGAGUCAUUGAGUUACAAUGGAGAGGUAUCGCUAUCGUACUGGUGAUCGUUACCGACGUCGUUUUCUUCGCGAUUGUGUUUGUCUUCAUGGAUGAUCUAGAAACGAAUAUCCUCAAGGAUCCUACAAAGGCCGAACAAUGGUUAACAUGCUUACUUCAAACUGCUGGGGAUAGAAAUGCAUGUCUAUCUCUAGCGAGCGCUCUGGUUGUAAACGAGGCCACUGUUGGUGCAGUUCUUGUCAUGUUAUCCUUGAAUGGUUUCUGGGCAGCAUUAUUCUUGGGAAGGAAAGCCAUGUUCACAGGCUGGAUUGAGAUGUACCGAGGAAAAAUGAAGCCCAACAAUGAAUUCAUCAGUGCCGAUGUCCACGCCUUCAAGGACCCCAGAGCAUACGAAAUGCUCAGUAAAGAUCGAGACCAACGAGACAUUAAGACCGUGGAAGCAUACGAAACUCCGGACAUAGUGACACCCAUCUCACCUCUUCGAAAGAGUGGUCGAGAAACCCCAGACUACUUUGGCAGGGAAGCAAGAUACAAAUCACCCUCAAGCUCAUUUUCCAAACCGAAUCCUCCACAAUCAUGGGAUUCUACCUCUACGUAUGCUCCGCCCAUGGAUCCACUCAACAUAAACAAAAAUCAAUCGUGA